AUGGCUACCGUCAAUAUUGCCCUUCAGAAUCAGACGAGCUCCAGCACCGUGUACGCCUACAUCACUGGCCAAGCGCUCGACAAUAACAACGCUCUAUUCCUACUCCAAUCCGAUGGCAAGACUUACUACUAUCCAACAUCGCCUUCGUCUGUCGGCUCGGCCCUUGGUCAGGAUUGCGCCAUCCCUCUGGGCGCACCUGGUAAUACCACGACCGUCACUGUUCCCCACCUUGCUGGAAGCCGUAUCUGGUUCUCUGUCGACGGGACUUUAACUUUCCUCCUCAACCCCGGCCCUGCACUCGUCGAGCCGUCGGUUACUAACCCCUCAGACCCGAAUACAAACUUAUCCUGGGACUUCUGCGAAUUCACUUUCAAUGCGGCCGAGCUCUUCGUCAACAUCUCCUACGUCGACUUCGUCUGCCUACCCAUCUCCUUGACCUUGACCAACACCUCCCACGCAACGCAGUAUGUCUCCGGCAUGGCGUCCAGUGGACUCGAUACCGUCUGCCAGGAACUAACAGCUCAAACCGCCUCUGACGGCGCAGGCUGGUCCUCGCUCAUCGUGCGCAAUCCCUCCGGAGGCAACCUACGCGCUCUAAGCCCCAACAACGGCAUCACUCUGAACUCCUCUCUCUUUAACGGCUACUACCAGAACUAUGUCAACCAAGUCUGGUCCCAGUACACGUCCCAGCAGCUCUCCAUCGACACUCAAGCCUCCUGGGGCACUGUAUCCGGCCACGUCGACUCUUCCUCCCUCCUCGACUUCGGCAACGGUCUAACCUUCACCAAGCCCUCCGCCGCCGACAUCUUCAGCUGCUCCACCGGUCCCUUCGCCGUCGGCUCCAACAUCGAACUCGGCGCCCUCAUCGCCCGCCUCAGCGCCGCUUUCAACCGCUCCACUCUGCUCAUCGACUCCGUCGAGCCCACAGCUUCGCCGAGCCAGUACUAUCAGAACGCGACCACGAACCACUACGCGCGCAUCGUGCACGCGGCGAACUUGGACGGCAUCGGCUAUGCGUUCCCUUACGACGACGUGACGCCGACCAAUGGUGUGAACCAGUCGGGGGCGGUGCAAGAUCCGAGUCCGCAGUUGUUGACCGUGGCUGUGGGAGGCGGGAACGCGUCUAGCGGGCUGACUACGCAGACGUAG